UUCAUGUGGAAUGUAGAUGAUCCAUAUUGUCUUCAAACGAGAAAGCUAUCAAAAAAGUGAUAAAUUCAUUUUAUGUACAGUGGAAAAAUGAAGACUAAAAGAUCAAAGACAAAUGUUUUUAAGACCAUGUUCAAAUCCAAACGGGGUAUCCAGGUGAGAGGAAAGUGGAGUCCAGUAGAGAUCGACCCUGAUCUCUUCUCAGAAGAGAACAUGGGAGGGCUGAUAUGCUUUGAGGAACUCAGAGACUACAAGCUUGUUGACUCUACAUUCACCGAGGAGAAGAAAGGCAAGAAAAGAAAGUUGGCAGUCGAGGAAGACUGUAAUCCUGAGGUCAGUGAUGGACAGCCAAAGCAACCUGCUAAAAAGAAAAAGAAGAAGAAGAGUCAGACUCAGAAGGUGGAGCCUGGAACUGGAAUUGAAGCAGAUGGCGAAACUGCCGUAGCUGUUCCACCAGUGGAUGAUGAUUCCACUCUUCAGGAAGACAGUAUACAAACCCAGACACAGCUGAAAAAGAAAAAGAAGAAGAAGAAGAAGAAGAAGAGUCAGACACAGAAGAUGGAGCCUGUAGGUGAUACUGAAAUUGGAAAUGAGGCAGAUGGUGAAGAUGCAGAAGACGUUCAAGGAGUGCCACAAGUGGAAGAUAUGUCCUCUCUUCAGGAAGAUGGUAUACAAACCCAGGCACAGCCAAAAAAGAAAAGAAAAAAGAAUAAAACAGUAGCAGAGCCUCAGGUAGCUGAACUUCCAAAGCCUAAACAGAAGGUGAAAAAUUGGACCAGUGCUGCCCUUUCAGGGUCAGGAAGUCAGAUGUUGGAUACGUCUGCUUGGAAAGAUCUGUUCAUUCCAGAACCAGUCCUCCAGGCACUAAGCUCCCUGGGAUUUAAGGCACCUACUCCUAUUCAGGCUUUGGCUCUUCCUCCUGCCAUCAGAGACCAUAUGGACAUAUUAGGCGCAGCUGAAACAGGAAGCGGAAAGACUCUGGCUUUUGGCAUCCCCAUGAUCAAUGCCAUUUUGGAGUGGAGGAAAGCAAAGGACGGGCAGAGCGAGGAGAUGAUUGACAACCCGAAAGAACAUGGGAGAGAAGUGGGGGCAGUCUGUCUGUCUGGGCCAGAACCCCAGGAGACACCAGCGGACGGGGAUUCAGAUGGGGAUUCAGAAGAGGACUGGGAGGGGGACAGUCACUCGCAGAAGCUGGGUUGUGUUAAAGUCAUAGAGGAUAUGGAGUUUGACUUCAGUUCCAAUCAAGAGACUAAUAAGUCCAAAAUGGAAGACAAGCGACAGAACCCGUUGCUGGGGCUCGUCCUCACCCCAACUAGAGAACUUGCAGUCCAGGUGAAGCACCAUCUAGAUGCUGUGGCAAUGUUUACAGGCAUUAAGACUGCCAUUGUUGUUGGUGGAAUGGCUCCACAAAAGCAAGCAAGAGUGCUAAACCGCAGGCCGGAGAUUGUGAUCGCCACACCAGGACGUCUCUGGGAGCUGAUUAAGGAAAGACAUCCUCACCUCUCUAAUCUCAAACGGCUCAGGUGCCUUGUCAUUGAUGAAGCAGACCGGAUGGUGGAAAAGGGCCACUUUGCAGAACUGGAAUCUCUCCUGGAGAUGCUGAACGAUGUGCAGUUCAACCCCAUGAGGCAGAAUUUUGUGUUCUCGGCCACACUGACCAUGGUGCACCAGACGCCAGCCAGAAUCCUGCAGAAGAAGAAGGGCAAGAGGCUUGAUCAGAGGAGCAAGCUGGAGCUUCUGAUGGAGAGAGUGGGCAUCAGGGAUAAACCCAAAGUCAUCGACCUGACCAGAAAGCAGGCUACCGUGGAGACUCUCACCGAGACCCGCAUCCACUGCGACACCGAGGAGAAGGAUUUCUACCUCUAUUACUUCUUGCUGCAGUAUCCAGGCCGCACCAUGGUGUUCGCCAACAGCAUCGAUUGCAUCAAGCGCCUCAAUUCCCUGCUCACCAUCCUGGACUGCACCCCACUACCCCUGCACGCCAACAUGCAUCAGAAGCAGAGGCUGAAGAACCUUGAGAGGUUCGCCGAGAGAGACAGUUGUGUUCUCCUCACUACAGAUGUUGCAGCACGUGGGCUUGACAUUCCAGAUGUGCAGCAUGUUAUUCACUAUCAGGUUCCCAGAACUUCUGAAACAUAUGUCCAUCGCAGUGGCCGGACAGCCCGUGCCACCAAACAAGGUCUCAGUUUGCUCCUGAUUGGGCCGGAUGAUGUGAUGAACUUCAGGAAAAUAUACAGAACGCUUGGAAAAGAUGAGGAACUCCCCAUGUUUCCAGUGCAGUCAAAAUGCAUGGUAGCAAUAAAGGAGCGUGUGAAUUUGGCAAGGAAAAUAGAGAAGAUUGAAUACCACAACAAUAGAGCAAAGCACCACAAUUCUUGGUUCCAGCAAGCUGCAGAAGCUCUGGAGAUAGAUCUCGAUGAUGAUCUCCUCAUAGGGAAAAGGAAGGAUGAAUAUGAGGAUAAGCAGCACCAACAGAUGGUCAAAGGCAUGAAGAAACACCUCAAACAUGUGCUCUCUCAGCCUAUAUUUAAAACCAUGAUGAAAACUAAAUACCCCACACAGAUGGGCAGACUGCCAGUCUUUGACUUGCCUGCUGCUAAUGUGGAGAGGGCACUGGACACCGUGUCAAAUCAGAAGCAGAAGAAAAAUAAGCAUAAAAAAUAGAUUACAUCAGUUUUGUCAAUGAUUUAACAGACAUUUCAGAGUAAAAUCCCACUUAACAUUAUAAAUACAGCUAUUUGAAAUGCAGCAUUUUGUUCAUACAUCUUUGAAUAUGGACAUUGCAGCAUGCAUGUUCACUUAUCACCUGAAAUCCUAUUUGAACAUGGACUUUUUAAACAAUCCAGUUAUCAGAAAACAAAUGAAUGAAACUUUUCUUUUUUUCUUAAUAUUAAUGCACAGUAUACAUCUUUACAUAACAGGAAAAACUGAAAUAAGGUUAAUUCUAACCUUAGUUCCAGUUUGCAAUUUUAUACAGUUUCACUUAUCCAUAUGAAUGUAAUUUUUUAAAUCAAGAUUUUAGAUUUUAGAAAGUCUCAAAUGUAUGGAAGCAUGCUAAAUUAAAAUACCAUUGCUUUAUAAGUACAACAUGUAAGAAGUAAUUAUUGUCAACAGAAGUGCAGUGUAGCAGGUGACAUCACAAAUGAACCCACUUUUCUUUGUGUGUUUAGACAGGAUAUGCAACUAUGAAACGUGCAGUGUACAAUUAAAGAAUCCUACACAUCCUGUCCUGUCCUCCAAAAUGUGUGCUCACCACCUGAUAUACCAGGAAGAUAGUUCUGCUGCUUUUAAUUCAAUAUGUGACAUCAUACAUAUCAUCUUCCAAGUACCCUUCUGAGUUUAACAAAAAUGGCUUUGGAUUAAAAAAGUAAAAUGGCACUAAAGUGAAACGAGCACUAGUACUGUACUUCAUCUAACCUGUGUCCUCAAAUGUGUACUUUCCAGUUUGCAAAGUGGUCUGAUAUGAAAUGUUUUUACUGUAGUGAAACUUGCUUCUUAAACCAUAAAACAAAUGUGGGAAAAAGGUAUGAUACAGGAUUACAUGGAAUGCAAUGGAAUACACUCUGUGUAAUACCAACAAUGGUUUAUUCUUUUAAAAAAGGCAAUACAAACUGUUUUGUGAAUAAUAA